AGGUGGGCGUGGUGCCGCCCAUGCAGAAGCCGCCCUUCCAGCGCCUCAGCCGCACCGACGCGGGCGUGCACGCGCGGAGCUUUCGGCUGGUAGCGCCGCUGCUGAGAAUUCAGGCCACGGACCUGCGGAGGGAUGGCACCUGCCCUGGGCUCUGCGACGCGCUGAACCGCCGGCUGCCGGAGGGGCUCCGGUGUUUGGAGGUGGCGCGGCUGCCCUUCCUGGGGAACCUGCCGGCCGCCUGCGUGGCCAGGGAGUACCGCUACUACCUGCCGCGGUCGCUUCUGGGUCCCGGGGGCGGCGACUUUGAUGCUGUGGUGGAGCAGCGCUUCAAUGCCGCGCUGAAUCUCUGCGUGGGAAGGUGGCCUUUCCUGAACUUCACCAGGCCGGAGAACAUGGGGGCGCUCGAGGCGGAGCUCCGCAGCGUGCCGGAGAACGAGAGCUGGCUUCGGGAGCUCUUCGGACACCGGCGCCGGCGCCGCGAGCGAGGCUUCCCGCCAGAGAACCGUGUGGCCGUGCCUGCCCUGCCGGCGCCGGAGGUGGCGCGGGAGAUGACGACCCGGGAGCUGCGCGCGUGCGAGCUGAUGCCGGGCAGCGUCAAGGCCUUCGGCUCCGACACGGAGCUCCUCGUGGUGCGCCUGGUUGGAGAAGGCUUCCUCAAUAGCAUGGUGCGGCUGCUGGUGGGCGCCUGCGCGGCAGCCGCGCGGGGCGCGCUGCCGCUCUCGGAGCUCCGCGCGGCUUUGGCCGCAGAGCGGGUGGUGGAUCUGUCGGAGUUCCUGGCCCCCGCAGCAGGCCUGGUGCUACACGAGCAGCACCUGGACAAGGAGAAGGUGCCUUGGUUGCCCUUCACGGGGGCGGAGGCGGCGGAGGAGUUUCUGCGGGAGGAGAUCUUGGUGCGCGUGGAGCGGGUCUGGCAGAAGACGCGUGGCAUGGGGCAGUGGUACCAGCCGGGCCCGGCGGCCGCGGCCUCGGAUUGA